AUGCAAAUGCCUGAAAUAGCCUUUGAGCACUUUGACCCUGAAUAUGAAUUGGGCAAUUUGGAUAGUAACGGAAAACCGAUCAAGCCACGCAAAAAGCCUGGACGAAAGCCUAAUCCACCUUCACCUGCUCAAAGAAAGGCACAAAACAGAGCAGCACAAAGAGCAUUUAGAGAACGUAAACGACGAGAGAUGAAAGAAGCAGAGAUGAAUAUCAAAAAAUCACUCUACAUGCGCGACCAAGCUCUUAAAGAUGUUAAACGACUGCAGUCUAAGGUGGAUGAGCUUAUCUACGAAAACAAUUACCUCAAGGGACAAUUGCUCACUCUAAAGAUCGCUUGUAUGGCUCAUCGAGUGGACGUUCCCAAGUAUUGGGAUACUGGCUUCAGGGACAAGAUGGGGUCGGAUAUCACUACCUUUUCGCAGUCAAAACAUAUUCCCCAGUCACUCGAGUUUUUCUUGAACAAUCAGGGUUGCAUUGUCAAUGUUGAAAAUGAAGAUUUCUCUUGUUACACCGCUCCAAUCAAUAGCUCACUAUCAUCCACUGCAUCUACAUCAUCUUCUACAACCAAUGCAUCCCCAGAUAAUAUCAAUACUACAUCUCUAAUAGCAUCUACAUUGUCCUCUUUCCGAUUGGAUGAGGCCCUGGAUCCGACCCUUAUGCAAUAUCUCAUGCAGCCUGACAUAGUAAGCGGGUUUAUGAGCCAAAUAAAAGAUGCACCACCUGAAGAUUGGUUUAAUCAACUGCCAUCUGAAAUUACGAAUCUCAUUCCUCCUGAUAUUCGAACCUUAUUAAAUAAUAACAACAAUGACGACUUGGAUCUAUCUUCUCUUGUAGGAAACCUCAUCGACACACUUAAACCACCCACUGAAAGUGAUUUUUGGGCAGCUACUGACGGAUCCGCGAUGGACGAUAAGAUUUACAUUCCUGGUCCUCUUCAACCACUGGAUGCUGUUGCCAAGAUGAGAGCAAUUAAGGAUCAAAACGGCGAAGAGUACUUAUUAUCACCCACUGAGCUCCAACGACACGUACCUCAUGACCCACGCAUUGACCUUAUCCCAGGACCAAUGAUGCGUGACUACAUGAUCUUAUUCCAAGACUUUUUUGAUCUCAAUGAACUGUUCAAUUACCUGAUUGACCAUGCCUUCUUCAUGGGCGGUGAGCUGGGAAACCCUGACUGCUGGUUCGUACCACCAACCUUCAUCAGCAAAUAUUGGUUCCUCUGUCCGAACUAUCGUCCAUCAAGACCGGACAAUGCCGUCGAAAUGGCAGUUAUCUUUGCAAACAAAAUGUUGGACAGAUUGAAUCGUAGAAAGGAGAUGUAUAUUAUGCGGGACAAAUAUAUGGACGAGUUCCCUCCUCCUACCCUCUUUGACCAAAAAAAUGAUUCUGACACGUCUUCGUCCACGGCGACGGAUGAUCUGCCAGAUCUACAAAGUGAGCAUACUGAAGACUUUGUUCAUUGUGGAUCUCCAAUAGAUGUGCUGGUAUACAAACACAUCAACAACAAAGAAUUCCCAAGGCUCGUUUCACCCAAUGUAUUUACUGUUUAA